AUGGGAAACUUGUGCGAGUGUUGUGGAAUACGAGACAAGGGGCCGACGGGCCUGCCACCCUACGGUAGUGGUGGCAAUACCAAGCAUGGAUAUGCAGUGGCUAUCAAUGACAGAGCACGCAUGGAGGAUGCCAUCGUAAUCCAGGAGGAUGUCGGUGGCUACGCGUGCCUUGCCGUGUUCGAUGGGCACGGUGGUGACACAGCAGCAAGACUGGCUCAGUCGUACGUGCCAAAGCAGCUGGACCAGCAUCUUCAGCAGACCACCGACAAAGAGAAGGCGGCGAUUGAUGCCUUCCACGCAGUGGAAGAGCUCAUGCACGCAGAACUGGCCGGCGAGGCCAGUAUGUUGCCUUCCGGAACAUCGUCAGGAACCGUCGCAUGCGCGGCUCUUUUCAAAGACAAGGAGAUUAUCUUGGUCAAUUUGGGAGAUUGCCGUGCGGUGGUCUGUGAGUCCUCGAAGGUUGGCACCAAAACUGAGGACCACUCGCCGGAAAAGAACGCAAAAGAGAAGCAGAGACUAGAAGAGGCAAGAGUGAGCAUGGAGUUCGGAUACGUGGACGGCAAGGUGCAGGUCUCCCGGGCCUUCGGUGACAUUACGGCUAAGACGGGACACAAGAUCCAUGGCCUUACGUGCACGCCGGAGGUCACAAUGGUCGAAGUGAAGGAGACCACGGAGUUCCUUGUGUUGGCCACAGAUGGGAUCUGGGAUGGAAUCCUAGAUCAGACGGCGAUCACCACGGCCAGGAAGGUUCUUCGUGAGACGCGGUCUCCAGAAGCGGCAGCUAAAGCAGUGGUUGAGGCCGCCGGCAAGGUGACCAAGGCAGACAAUGCCGCUGUGAUUGUCUUAGCGCUCAACGUGCCAGAGCCGCCCCCUAAAAGGGAUGCGGCCCAGAGCCGCUUUCGACGGAGCUCCAAGACGGAGUGA